AUGAGUGACAAGCUAACCGGUGGACGGUACAACCGUAUCAGUCCAUCAUCGGGCCGGGGGUCCAUCAUCGCCUACUCGCCACUGCCGAAAUCCGAGCAGGACUGUCUGCAGGCUCCAGGGAACAACUGUCUCGCCAUCCCGCUGUCCGCCAUCCAGACUACGUCGGCACAAGGUACAAAAUUAAGCUUCGGAGGACAACCGGGUACCGGAGGCUUCGUCAGCUCGCGGAGUGAACCGAUCUCGCUGGCCACCUUGGACAAGGACUGCUUCAUCAUUCCGGUGCACAGCCUGGACCGCUUUCUGCCGGCAGGAAUUCCGCUUCCAACGCCAGAGACCGCCGAUCCAUCGCAGGUUGGACCACUGAGUGUGCUCGAGGUGUCCGAUCCGAAGAUCUGCAUCCUGGCCCACCUGAUGAGCCCGCUGGAACCGAUCGAUCCGCUGCUCGAGUCGCCCCUAGCUCAUCCCCUAAUGAAGCAGCGUGCCGUCGCGUCCGAGCUGCUAAACGAAGUCCAGCAGGGCAACAAUGCCGUCGGAGGAAUGCUGCUGGCCAACAUGGAGCGCAGUUCCGCCGAGUUUCCCUUCAUCGCGUACUAUGUGAUAAACACGACCCAGACCGAUCCGGCCAUGUUCUACACCGGCGUCCGGGGUGCCUCGCUGUCCAAGUUCGAGCCGAAGAACACGCGCUACACGGCGGCCCACACGCUCGACCUGUACAGUGAGGUGGCGUCCAUCUGUCGGCCUCCGCUGGCACUCGCCCCGAACGAGAUCGGCAGCGUUAAAAAGGGUCAGACGCCUUCGACCGGAUACAUCAUUAGUGUCUACAAAGUGUACGAAGGUGACGAUGGAGAACGUUUCGAACGGAACUGGCUCUACUGGACCGGUGCCAGAAUGAUUUACAGGUACCUCCCAAAGACGGCCGGCUUGCGGCGAAUAACGCUUCACAAAAGUGUCUCCUCACGGGGCGACAAGAUGUACUUACUCCUGUGCGAGUGUGCCGACCUGCUGAAGGACCUCUCGGCCGCGGCCCUUCUCAUCCCGGCGUUGCGGGCCAGGUUAUGCGGCUACACCGGUCUGUACCGGCCAAUUCAAACCUUCUAG